AUGGAUUGUUUGCGGAAACAAGCCGAAAAGAUUCCCAUUCUGGAUGCCAUUGAGAAGCGCAUGAACAUCAGGAAGGAGUAUGCUCUGCUUGGAAUAAGCUUCUUCUGUUUGGUAAUUAUCAUGGCAACAUCUCUCGGUCCACUAAUAACAUCUACCGUCGGAAUAAUCGUUCCCCUUCAGGAGACCCUUGUUAUAUUGAGGCAGGUCAACCCAAAAAAGGACGAAGCGAAGCAUAUGCUGGUGUUUUGGAUGGUCUUUGGGAUUCUAACGUCUCUUGAUGCCUAUUCUGGCGCCAUCAUUAGCUUUAUUCCGUUAUGGUACACCAUGAAGUUCUUCUUCCUACUGUGGGCAGGUCCCCUGAAAUUUAGAGGCGGGAUAAUCAUCUACGACAACAUACUGGCACGCAUUCCAGAGAAAUGGUACAGGGAAGAGGGUGGGAUUGAGCAUGCUGUGAAGAAGGCAACAGACGCUGUGAAGACCGUGGCCGAAAGCGAAUUCAACAAAAAAGAUGUAAUUGAAAGCAGCAAGAAGACUGAUUAA